AUGUCUGACAAGGAACAAACGAGCGGAAACACCGAUUUGGAAAAUGCCCCAGCCGGAUAUUAUAGCUCUCAUGACAAUGACGUUAAUGGCGUUGCAGAAGAUGAACGUCCAUCUCAUGACUCGUUGGGCAAGAUUUAUACUGGAGGUGAUAACAACGAAUACAUCUAUAUCGGACGUCAAAAGUUCUUGAAAAGUGACUUAUAUCAAGCCUUUGGUGGUACCUUAAAUCCAGGUUUGGCUCCUGCCCCAGUGCAUAAAUUUGCCAAUCCUGCGCCCUUAGGUCUUUCAGCCUUCGCAUUGACAACAUUUGUGCUAUCUAUGUUCAACGCAAGAGCGCAAGGUAUUACUGUUCCCAAUGUUGUCGUUGGUUGCGCCAUGUUCUAUGGUGGAUUGGUGCAACUAAUUGCUGGUAUUUGGGAAAUAGCUUUGGAGAACACUUUUGGUGGUACAGCAUUAUGUUCUUACGGUGGAUUUUGGUUGAGUUUCGCUGCUAUUUACAUUCCUUGGUUUGGUAUUUUAGAAGCUUACGAAGAUAACGAAUCUGAUUUGAAUAACGCCUUAGGAUUUUAUUUAUUAGGGUGGGCCAUCUUCACGUUCGGUUUAACCGUCUGUACUAUGAAAUCCACAGUUAUGUUCUUUUUGUUGUUCUUCUUACUGGCAUUAACUUUCUUACUGCUUUCUAUCGGCCACUUUGCAAAUAGACUUGGCGUUACAAGAGCAGGUGGUGUCCUGGGAGUUGUUGUUGCCUUCAUUGCUUGGUACAACGCAUAUGCAGGUGUUGCUACAAAGCAGAAUUCAUAUGUAUUGGCUCGCCCAUUCCCAUUGCCAUCUACCGAAAGGGUUAUCUUUUAA